AUGCAACGUGCACAAGCUAAACAUGCAAAAAUAUUAUUUCACCGUCUUCACGAUCAAGCAUCGACAUCUAAUUCAAAUUAUUUGAGAUAUAUUCAGAAUAGAAAAAAUAAUACUUGUACUUCUUUUAAUGGAAGUGUUAUUGAUAAUAAAAAUAUUUCUGAACAUUCUGAAUAUGCUCAUCUUUCUGGUGGAAGGCGUUGGGAAUUUCGUGCUGGGUCAAUGGCUCGUUUAGCUUCUGGUUCAGUUAUUUUGGGGACAGUUGUGUGUAAAUAUACACAGAAAUUUUUAAAUGAAGAGGAAAUACUUGAAGAAAUUGAAGAGAAUGAACGUUUAGAAUUAAACAAAAAUAAUGAAGUUGAUGAAGAAUUUGAAGAGGAAGAAAUCUUGGAAAGAAAGGAGAGUGAAUAUGGGAUUGGGGAAAUAACAACAGAUCAAAUAAAUGAAAAGAAAAUUGAAAAAAAUAAAAAAAUUGAGAAUGAUUCGAAUUUUUCUGGUCUUCCACUUACUGUUGAUUUUCGACCAUCUUCCUCUGCUCUAGGUCGUAUUCCAAUGAAUUAUUUUCGAAGGGAUAUGUACAACAACGAUCAAGAUGUUGCGUUUUCUAGAGUUAUUGAUCGUUCUAUUCGCCCCACAAUUCCUGAGAAUUUUCCUCACAAGACACAGAUUGUGUGCAAGCCUUUAGCAUUAGAUACAGAAACUGGAGAUGCUGUUAUUAUGGGAAUUAAUGUUGCUUCUGCAGCUUUGGCUGUUUCUCCUGUUCCUCAAAAUUGUUUAGUUGCAGCUGCUAGAGUUGGAAUUAUUGACGAAAAGAUAAUUGUUAAUCCUUCACACGAGCAAUUGAAACAUAGCAGUCUUGAUCUUGUGUUGACUGGGACUGCAAUUGGAAAGAAAAGCAAAGGAAAUAAUGAUUAUGUAAUUAUGGUAGAAAUGGAAGGAAAAGAAGUUGAAGCUGAGAAAUUUGUUCAAUGUAUUCAACAAGGAUUUGAUGAAAUACGCCUCACACAAGGAGCAAUCGAAAGAUUAGCUAAAGUAGUUGGACAUGAAAAAUAUAAGACAUCUUUAAACGAAUUUCCUGCUGAUUUACUUGAAAAAGUUUCUAUUUUCCAAGGUUGGCGGUUAUUAAUGGACAGACAGUCACAGACUUAUAGUGAACAAAUACUCAGGACUGUUUUUGGGGAUAUUACCAAAAAAGUCCAUAGAAAUAUUUUAUUGGAAACUGGUAUUCGAAUUGAUGGACGGAAAUCCGAUCAAUUUAGGCCAAUAAAAUGUAAAGUUAAUUUAUAUAGAAAAUUACAUGGGUCAGCAAUUUUUCAAAGAGGACAAUCUCAGGUUUUUUCUACAGUUACAUUUGAUUCUCCACAAGCAGCUUUUCAUCCUGAUGCUAUAGCGCAACUUUUGGGUGCUCAACGGAAAAAAUCUUUUAUGUUGCAUUAUGAAUUUCCUCAAUUUGCUACAAAUGAAAUUGAGAAACCAGGUGCCAGUUCGGAUCGAAGAGAAAUUGGGCAUGGUCUACUAGCUGAAAAAGCACUUCGGAAUUUGGUGCCAGAAGAUUUUCCUUAUACAAUUCGAUUAGCUUGUCAAGUAUUAGAAUCUAAUGGAAGUACUUCAAUGGCAUCAGUUUGUGCUGGUUCUAUGGCUCUCUUCGAUGCUGGAGUGCCUUUGUUAUCUAAUCUUGUAGCCGGUUUAGCAUUGGGAUUAAUUACAGAAAAAAGUGAAGAUGCACAAUUUAAUAAUGAAAUUAAUAAAAAUGAAAGUGUAAGUAAUUCUCCCAAAAAUAAAUUUCCUAAUAAAUAUUUACUUUUAACUGAUUUGGCCGGUUUUGAAGAUUUUGCCGGUGAUAUGGAUUUUAAAAUUGCUGGAACUUCAAAAGGUUUUACAGCAAUGCAAAUGGACUUAAAAAUUUUAUUUCGUGAAGCUUUGAAACGGGGACAGUCUGGAAUUGAACACGUUCUUGCUCUUAUGAGAGCUGAAAUUCCUGAACCAAGACCAGAAAUGAAGUCUUCUGUUCCUAUAAUUGAAUUAAUGCAGUUACCAAUUUAUAAAAGGCCAAUUUUGUUUAGAUCUGGGGCAUAUAAUGCAAAAUUGAUUGAAGCUGAAACUGGUGUUAAGGUUAGUUCAGAAGACGAUGCAAAUAUUCAAUUAUUUGCUCCAAAUCCCGAAUCUUUAGACAAAGCAAAAUUAAUGAUUGAAAAAUUAAUGGUAGAACAACAGGAAGAACAGUACCAAUUUGGAGCUUUUUAUAAAGCUGAAAUUGUUCGUAUUCUCGAAGGUGGAAUUCAUGUUUCUUUGAAAGAAGGUGGCCGGCAUAUUUGGAUUAGAAAUUCUGAUCUUUCUUCUGCACCGAGUCGACAAAAUGCACAGGCGCUUGGUUAUGAGGUUGGACAUAAAUUAACAGUACAAUAUUUUGGCCGGGAUCAACAUACAGGACAACACAGACUUACAAGAAAAACACUUCAAAUGUUUGAUCCUCCCGUUCAAAAUUUAUUUAAAGAAAAACAACCUUUAAAUGAAAAAUCUCUAAACGAGAAAAUACAAAAGGAAACAAAAAGUUAA